GAACGCGGAGAGCGAGGUGACCGCGGAGAGCGGGGGGAGCGCGCAGAACGCGCAGACCGGGGAGAACGCACAGAGCGCGAGGAGCGGGGACACAAACGUGAAAAAACCGAGGACCGUCGAGAGCAGGGCGCCACGAAGAAACGACGACACCGGGGGGAGUGAAAACAAAGAUGAGUAUCAUGAAUGUCGAGAUAGGAUCUUCAAAAAGUAUUAAAGUACGAUACAGUUGUACUCCUGAUCAGAGAAGAAUAGCGACUGAAGUACUUAUUCUAGCGACUAUGUUUUGAUGGCAAGAAGAUGUUCAUCUGGAGCAGCAUCUCGAGUAGUUGUAGACUCACUGCGGCAGUAACAGUAUCUUAUGUGCUCUUGCUGACGUGGUCGAGUUCGAGGUCAACUUCAGGAUGAGCUGGAAAGUAGACCCCGAAGGAACUUUAACGUGUGUCACGGCCACCGGAGAAUCACCGAGCUAGCGGUAGGACGAGAGGUUUCCUUCAAAACCGAGAACAAAGUGAAGAAAAAGUAACUAAUUUGCCCCGAAUUACUCUCACCACUGACGAGCUUUUCAAAAAUGUGAACCUGAAACUACU